GGGUCAUACGACUUGGAACAACUACAUCAAAAGCGCUGACAACUCAAGUUCAGUAUCACUACUAUGUACAUACUAUAUUUAUAUUGUGUGCGGUGUCGUCACAUAGAGAGAAGGAGAGGGAUAUUUCUAUCCUUUAUUGAAAAAAGAAUGUAGCAUGUGUACACUCUCGCAUGUAUGCACGAACACACGCAUACGGGCAAUCUCUUCAUCUCUCUCUCAUACGUUGAUUCAACAUGGCAGAAAUAGCAGUAAAUCUGAGAUCAGUCCGCGAUAAAAUAUUAUAUGCUGCUACGAAAAGAGAAUCGGAACAUCGAUAUUGUGAACCGCGACUUGUAGCCGUUAGCAAGUUGCAAUCCGCGGAAUCGAUAUUAUCCGCCUACGAAGCCGGUCAAAGACAUUUUGGUGAAAAUUAUGUAAAUGAAUUGGUGGAAAAAGCUUUAAACCCACAGAUUCUUGAAAAAUGCAAAGAAAUUCAAUGGCAUUUCAUAGGCAAUUUACAAAGAAAUAAAGUCAACAAAAUUUUAAAUGUACCAAAUUUAUAUAUCAUAGAAACUGUUAGUAAUGACAAACUCGCAGAUGUGCUUAAUAAUUCAUGGCCAAGAUUUCGAAAAAGCGAUGAUAGCAAAUUAAAUGUUAUGGUACAAGUUAACACGAGUCAAGAAAAGGAAAAAAAUGGCUGCGAUAUUAUACAUGUAUCAAGUCUUGUAAAGCAUGUUAUAAAUAAUUGCCAUAAUUUGAAAUUCAUGGGCUUUAUGACAAUAGGGAUGUUUGGAUAUAAUAUUGCGAAUGGUCCAAAUCCAGAUUUUGUCUGUUUGAUGAAAUGCAGAGAAAAGAUAAGUGACGAAUUGGGGAUUGAUAUGAACAAUAUUGAAUUAUCAAUGGGAAUGUCUAACGACUAUGAACAUGCGAUUGAACUUGGCAGCACAAAUGUAAGAGUAGGAACGGCUAUUUUUGGUGAUAGACCACAAAAGAAUACCUUGUAAAGAAAUGAUAUAAGAAUUAUAAUAUUUUUCUUUUUUUGCUUAUUUUAAGAUAAAAUAAAAAUGAUUAUAGAAGUAAAUGAUGAACUGAAUUUUACUAGUAAUGAAAUACAUAUUUGUAUGUUUUAUCUUCUGCAAUGGAUGAUAUUGUUGCAUCUCAUACGCAAUGCGAUAUAUUAAAUUGUAAUUACUA